UUUGCAGGAGCCGCUCAAGUUUGUUCUGCAGUCAUCCACUAACGGAACCCUAGACUUCGAUUUGGGUCUCUGCAAUGCCUUCUGCUCUGCUCUCCUUAAAGACGACCCUUCCACUUCCAAUCCCUUACCAGACUCCGGAGCAGGUAAAAAUGGAAAACUCCCUGUUUAUUUUGUGUAUUCUCUGUUUAUUUAAGUUUUCCCUCCAAGUGCUGUUUGCAAAAUUUCUAGGGUUGUAGGAAGAAAGAUCGUUGAGAAGUUUUCUAUAACUGGAUGUCAGGGCUCAGUCGCUGCAUUAUAUGCUUAGGACCCAUCCCACCCACAAAGGUGUUCCUCCAUAUCCUUUAUACAAACGUUUAACAUUAGCUUUGUGGGAAUCCCUCUGUUCUGGCACUUUCUGUCCAAUGUAUAAGAGAAUGUCAAUUAAGAAUGGAGAAAGUUCUUUAAAGCAGAAAGAGGAAAUAUGGUUGAAGCUGAUUAUGGAUAAGGGGUCUGAAAUGGUACAGGUAAGUGAUAGAUGUAAUUUUCCUUUUAUAGCAACUGAUAAGAUCAACUUUAUCCUUCAUUUAAAGACUCUUUUAUUUCAGCAGGUGCUUAAAUCUCUUAACCUUGAACUUGAUGUUGAUGAACCUUUCUUUACGCAGCUAAAUGAUGGCCAAAAAUCAAUUGAAGUAAAGUAUGCUUUGGGCAAAUACGAUAGACUUGAACCAGGAAUGCUGAUUAUCUUCAAUAAAUGUCUUGUAUUUGAAAUCUCGGAUAUCCGCUGGUAUGUGUCAGUUUCUGAUAUGUUGGAGUCUGAAAACCUUCAAAGCAUCCUGCCUGGAGUUGAAAGCAUUGACGAAGGUUUGCAAAUAUUGAAAUCUUUGAACAGAGAAGAGGAAGAAAUGGCUGACAGUGUUAUUGCUAUAUGUAUUUCAAGUGUACCAUUUCAGCCUUACGUUUCUUUAGCUGCAAUAAUCUCAGGGCUGAGUUAUGAAGGUCUUCAAGGUCUUCUCGGCUUGACACAUACUGCAGGAACGGUUCCUGAUGUUCUUCCCCCACCAAGAUCAGUUCUUUUAUCUUCAUUUGUGCUUCCAUAUAAACUCAAGGGUAAAGGCAUAAAGUUAACUCAUGGAGCUAAGGCAUUGGCAAAGCAUCAUCAUAGACCUAGCAGCAAAUAUUGGGGUACUUUUGAUGGAAAUGAAUCUGAUAAGAACAGGCUUGCCAUGAAUACGAUUGUUCACUUGAUAGCUCAUUGUUGCUGGAUGAAUAUUCAUAUUGUUGCACCACAUGGGAUAGUUUUUGAGAUAAGAAUAGCAGAAGGGUAUGGUGCCAGGUGGUCAAAAGAUGGAAACAAGUUCAUUGGAUUUCUGGAGCCAUACAUGGAAGAUGGCCAUUUGAAAGGAUGGAAGCACUAAUCUUUUCUUCAGAUGAUUCUCUAGGAAAAGGAGAUUCUUAUUAGGAAGCAGAUCAAAUACAAGGUUAAAGUAGAAUCUUUAUGUCACAUGAUGAGAUUUGUAAGCACAGUAUAUAUUCAAUAAUUCAUAUCUUGAACUAAUUAUUGUGUCAGCUCAACUAUAUUAACACCAUUGUCAUCCUAAUAUGCAUUACAUUCUCAUACUUCAUUGCACAUAUGUAUCUUGAGUUUCUGGAAGCUGUUUUCGAUUUCAUACAAUACGACUGUUUCAGCAUGGUAACAAUCUGCUGAUCUUAACUUCAUUUAAAGAGUAUAUGGUGGUUUUUUCCUGGAGUUCUUUCCAUUACAAUAACUUUUACUUCUCAAAUUUUCCAAUGGGUUAGAUACAUCUCUUUCAUAUUGCUGUUUCGAUGUUAUUAUCUACUGAAAAUGUGAUUAAAGUCCUAUAUUGACUAGAUAAGGGGAAGACUAUAGGGUUUAUAAAGGAAGACAACCAUCUCCAAUGGUAUAAGGCCUUUUGGGUGAAAUCAAAAACAAAACUGGGAGGGUGUAUGUCCAAAGUGGACAAUAUCAUACCAUUGUGGAGAUAUCUAGAAGCCUGUUGUUCUAACAAAUUGGUAUUAGAGUAGAUCCCGUUGUAACCAUGUUAGUGUAAAAUCCUCAGGUGUCGAACAAAGAGGUGGAGCCUCAGAAGAUGUAGUCAUGGCAGUACUCGUUCGAGGUUGAGCCUUCAAACAACAAUUUGCUCAAGUGUAAUUCGAAUGAAUGACUACUCUGUGGUUGAGUUUGUGGUGUGCUCAAGUGUAACUUGAAGAUUAAAUGACUAUUUGAAAGAAAGCUCAAUGGUCCUUUAUUCAAGAGUAGGAUUGUUGGCAAUACAAUCAAAGUCCCACAUUGGCUAGACAAGGGGAUGAUCAUGAUAAGGGAGGACAACUAUUUCCAAUGGGUAUUUUUCUAAUCUUAGAAGAUAUAUCGAAGCUUUCAUCUACACUAGCUCCUAGUAUAGGGUGAAUGUAGAAACAUUUUCAGAACUUAUUUUUAGAGAUGUGACAGCCUUUCUUUUGAAGACUGAGUUUCAGAUCUUUGGGGAAAAGAAAAGAAACAAACUUCAAAUCUCCAGGAAAAAAGAAAACUAUAAACUAAAGGAAAAACAACAUUUCAGAAGUAUGUCCUUGUAAUGGUGCAGGCUGCAUCUUAGUCUUGUCUUUUAGCCUUGAUUAUUGAAGAGGAAUAAAAUAUGUUUAGAUACCAUUUAACCUCA